UGGCAUUUGAAAAUAUUUUGGAAAGUGCAAGAUAGGGCGCGCACUUAUAAAACCCUCUCCCUAGCAUACAGAGCCCUAGCAAAACAAAACUAAAACCCAAUUUCACUCCUGGAGAAAAGAAAUAACGCGAGGGAUUGCGAAGCAAAGUAGACAGUCUGUACAGCAUUCUGACCUUCGGGUGGAGCUCGCUGCCUAAAGGUUUUUACAGUUGCAGGAGAGUAUUCGUUCUAGGGUUUAUCGAGGGUUUGAGAUUCUGUGAAGUUGGAAAAAGAUGAGCAGAAGUUUGGGGAUUCCGGUGAAGCUACUGCACGAGGCGGCAGGUCACGUUGUGACGGUGGAGCUGAAAAGUGGCGAGCUUUACAGAGGCAACAUGAUUGAAUGUGAAGAUAACUGGAAUUGCCAGCUCGAGGGCAUUACUUACACUGCCAAGGAUGGUAAAGUAUCACAGUUGGAGCAUGUAUUCAUUCGUGGCAGCAGAGUGAGGUUUAUGGUUAUUCCUGAUAUGCUUAGGAAUGCUCCUAUGUUCAAGCGUCUUGAUGCAAGGAUUAAGGGUAGAGGAUCGUCACUUGGUGUUGGACGUGGACGUGCAGUGGCAAUGCGAGCUAGGGCUCAGGCCACAGGACGUGCAGCUCCUCCAGCUGGAAGAGCAGGUGCAGCUCCAGUAAGGAGAUAGUUAAACAGGAAGAAAGUGCUUUCCACUCUUGAUAAUACUCUUAUGUGUUGCUUUUCCAGCUGGAAAAGCAGGUGGCUCCUGUAAGGAGGUAGUUUAUCUGGGGAAAAGUGCUAUUCCUUCAUGGUAUUGCUCUUUUGAUGAGUAACUUGUCUCAGUUUUUGAUGUGGACUUACUGUAAUGUAUUUGGAGUUUACAUGUCUAAAGGACUAGUUUUCAGUAGAUUUUUAAAAAUUUGUGUUGUGAGCUCACCAGUAAAACUAGGUUUGAUUAGAUGAUAUUAAUGGUCGGUUGUAAUGCCACAUAUGAUGAGAGGAGCAUCUGGCAACUGUUGGUCAAACUAAUGUAUGAAUAGAAUAAUUUAAAAUGUCAACAUUGUACACGGUAAUCAAGAGUUUCUGAGAUGUUUAAUAAUCUUUUUUUUUUCA